CUAAUAACUCAACUACUGAGUGUUGGGUAACAGAACUUCAGAGCUUACCAAGUGACGUACAAAUGCAACUACAAGAGGAAUCUCUUAAUGAGGAGGAGAAAGUUUUCUGGGAGGAGUUGCGGGAAAAAUACCUUUAUCCUCUGCCAGUUGACAAAGAGAAACAAAAAGAGAUGCACAGUGCCCUGACAGGGCUGAGAAACAAGAUCAACUUUUCCUUCUUCUUUGUGAAUGCCCUGUGGCUAGUGGCAACCUUUACCCUCGAGAUCUUUCAAAUCUUCUCCAUCAAAAUAAAUAUGGUUGAUAUCAACCUAAACAACACAGGAGACUUCAUCCAAAUCGAGCCCUUGUCCUUCAUGUUCAUUCUGGGAUUCACUGUGUCAGUUUUGCUCCAGUUUGUUGGCAUGUUUUACCACAGAGUCUACACCCUCAUCCACUACAUAGCUUAUCUAGAGACUGAGCCCAUCCAACAGAAAAGAAGACAGAAAGCAAAAGAAAAAGCUUUAUAGGAUAGCAUUUCCUCCACUACAGACUCAAACUACAGCUCUGGGGAAGAAGAUGAGAGUUUUGAUGGUGAAGAUGAUGAUGAUUCUUACAUAGAUCCUAAUGCAGGGACUAUGGUUUAAACACAGACUGCUGAACUUGGAUGAGUUCACUGUGUGUCAGACUUCAUGAAGUAUUUCUUAAUCAGCCUUCAGUCAACAUCACCUGAGAAUUCUUGACCUCAUAAACCAGCAUCUGCUGCAUCAUUUUAUUCAAUGUGUUCUUAUUUUUUAAAAGCUUAUGUUUAUAACUGAAAGGCUAGGAGGUGAAACUUCAUUUAAAAAUCAGCUUGAGUGUUUUUAAUUUUUCAUCAGCUUUGAUCGCAGUGAAUCCAUCUGUUAUAUUGUUACGAUGCCAGGUGCAAUUUUUCCCAAAAAAAUAUUAUUUUUUCUUAAUUUCUUUUGAUUAUUUAUAUUUAUUUUUAAUCAUUCUGUUACAAAUAUGAUGUAUUGUUUUGCAAAUGAAGGCAACCAUCAAAUGAAGGAUGUGUGGUUUUGAUUUAAACAGUAAGUCAUACUCUGGGUUUGCUGCUAUUGUUAAAGCACUGAUUAUUUUUAUAAUGUUUACAGGAAUAAGUGAAGAAAGAAAAUUAUUCUAGCAAAUGAAGGGUAUUUUUAAAAGGCUGAAAGGAAUAAGUCAGAUCAUCACUGUAAUGUUCAACUGUAGUCAAAGCAGAAUUCAAAUUAUUCAUGUUUAUUUUUAGCUGUCGUAUUUCUCAGGUAUAUUUGUGUAUAUUGUCACUUUUCACUGUUCUGUACUAUUUAUAAAAA